AUGUUAUCAAUCUUCUUAUCAGCUUUACCCACCUCCCUAGCUCUAUUAUGGACAUCUUACGGUCCACCUUCAUCUAACGGGUAUACGGGAGUGGGAAUUGAGAACCUGGUGGAAUAUUCAAGUAUUUUACCCCUAUCGUUGGAUGAGAAUGGUAUGAAGAUCAGAAUCAACAUGGAUGGUAGCUGUUGGGCUGGUACGAGGAAAGUAGGAUGUGAGGAAGGUCUGGUAGGCAAGAUGGUUAGCAAUACCAUCCCUUUUCUCCUAUCUUAUCAGAUCUAUUACUCCCUCGUCACUUAUACUCUCCUAUUGGGUAUAUUCUACCAUUAUACAACUACUAAACGAUGGAUGAACAAUUCAGAAUUAAAAGUGUUGAGGAGAUUUACGUUGGUGGUGUUGGUCAUUAAAGACUUCAUUGGUGUAUUUGGUGUCAUCUUCUCAUCACUUUCUCUCUUACUUCUACCUCUUAUCGAUCCUUCAGUCGAUCACAUCAUAGAUGUCAAAUUAGGUUGGGCAAGUAUCAUCAGUAUUUUCGCUGUAUUUGGUUCGACCCUCUUAACGGCGGGUUAUGAUAAUUGGUCGAAAGAUUUAUGGACCAAUCAGGCUGAAAAUGGUAUUUUCUUGAGUGAUGAGAUUAUCGAUGAUAUUGAACACUCAUCUGUUGAAAUUGAGAAAGGUCAGAAUGAAAGACCACUGUCUUCGGGAAAUGAAGAGAGAAACGGGAAUGGAGUUGGAGCUAUUCGAGAUGAUCAGGCAGACGGAUCGAUUCAAAGAUUGUUUGAUCAUAUCUAA